AUGGCAUCGGAACCAAAAUCCCGCGUCAUCCUAGGGCUGAUGACAUUCGGCCCUGACCCCAAUGUCGGAGCACGGAUUACUUCCCUUGACGAGUUUGGACAGUGUCUCGAUCAUUUCAAGUCACAUGGAUACAAUGAAGUCGACACGGCUCGCAUGUAUCUCGAUGAGAAGCAAGAAGAGUUCACUGCAGCAGUUGGAUGGAAAGAGCGCGGAUUGAGUCUUGCGACGAAGGUCUAUCCUACUCAGCCCGGCAUUCACAAGCCGGAGAAUCUGCGCAGGAAAUUGAACGAAUCUCUGGCUGCUCUGCAAAGUGAUCAGGUGGAUUUGUUCUACUUGCAUGCUGCUGAUCGAUCUGUGCCUUUCGCUGAGACCUUGGAGGAGGUCAACAAGCUUUAUCAGGAAGGGAAGUUCAAGCGUCUUGGACUGAGCAAUUACACCUCGUUUGAGGUUGCGGAGAUUGUUAUCAUGUGCACGGAGAGAGGCUGGGUGCGCCCAUCAAUCUACCAGGCCAUGUAUAACGCCAUAACACGAAACAUUGAGCAGGAGCUCGUUCCCUGUUGUCACCGAUACGGACUCGAGAUCGUCGUCUACAAUCCCCUUGCCGGUGGUAUUCUCUCUGGAAAGUAUCUGCCGAAUACGGAGAAGGAAGUUCCCCAAGAAGGACGAUUCAGCGACAAGAACACCACGGGAGAGUUGUAUCGCCAACGCUACAUGAAUCUUCCUGUUCUCGAUGCAAUUCAUACCAUCGUGAGGCCCGUUGCUGAUAAGUACCAUCUGACUUUGCCUGAAGUCGCUUUCAGAUGGCUCGCUCAUCAUUCGAAGCUUCGGCUUGGUCGUGAUGGUAUUUUGAUCGGGGUGAGCAGCGUCCAACAGCUUGACUCAAAUAUUGAGGCGAUCCAGAAAGACAUUCUCCCAGAAGAAGUGACCUACGCGUUGGAUGCAGCAUGGAUGGCUGUUAAGGCAGCAUCGCCACCCUAUUGGCAUCUUGAUCUGAACUACAGCUAUGACACCGAGGCUGCGCUGUUUGGAAAGUGA